AUGAUGUUUCCUAAAAGGGCGAAGCGGUACCUCCAACAUUCCCAGGAGGGGAUCUCAGCUGACCUGGUACCAGAACAUCUUGACAUCACCCACCUGGAGGCAUCUUUGUGCCCACUAAGGCCAGCCCUGCAGCACCACAGCUCACGUCGCGAAGCGUCUGCUCUCAGCUCGCUCCCGCGCACACGUAGAGUCUCCGUAGACUCUAGCUCUGUGCCACGGUCAGGAAACCCGGGAUGCUGGCGGCACUUGGGGAGAGGAAGCCGCGGUGGAGAUCGUACCACAUACCUGGGGCUUCAAGCUGAGUCGAGGCGCUCCAGGGAGGAAAGAGGCGCAGGCCUGGCGGCCACAGGGGGCGACAAAGUCACGCGGUGCGGCUGGAGAGCGAGGCCUCGGGGACGCUGGGAGAGCGGAUGGCCCCUGGCCGGCGCAUUUCUCGGCCUUUCCUGUUGGUUGGGUUCACCGUCGGGGAAGGAGGGCUCAGAACGCGAGGAGGGGACCGCGCGAUCGUGGACCGGAGAGGCCAGGAUUCCCCAGUGGCUGCGCGGUCGAAAGGCGGGAGCCGGAGGUUGCAGGAUGUUACCGACACAUCCCUGGCCAAGAGACAUUCAAGGAGAUAGCUGGAUGCAGGCCUCUCUCCUCUUCUACCUACUCCAGUGGACUCAAGACACCAAACGCCUGUGGGAAGGACCCAUCGUGACGCUGAGUUAUACAACCCUUGAACCAAGUGCUGCCUCCUCGGUGAAACAUCCUUGUUAUCCCUAUAGGCAGAGUUCAUUGUUCCCUCCUGCACCUAACAUUAUAUUGUAGAAUAUAUACUCAUUUACUUGUGUGUCUGCCCCAUAAAACAGAUUGUGAACUCUUGAAGGAAAUUACCAUGCCUGGCAGUACCAGGCUCAGAACUACUAUCAGUGAUUGUUGAAUGAAUGCAAGUGGGAGACCUGACCCCACGUGAACAUCUGAGUCACUCCUCUUUUCUGUGAAUUCACAGCUGGUAGCAACAUCCUAAGGAUAGCCUUGGUCCCCAGGACUCAGUGAUUAGAGUGUGUGUGCACGCUUUAAAGUUUACCUACAAUUCUUGUUUCACUUUCUCCUGUUGGCGGUUUUAACUAAACGAUGUCACUUACCAUA